CGUCCUCCCAUUCCCCCUUCCUCCCCAGUCUCGACGGCCUCGCAGGCGCGAUUAUAUAAGCAAGGCAAUUCACCUAGCCGUAGCCCGUAGCGACACACAAGCACACACGCACACGAACACACACUAUGCCUCCCACCAUGCUCGCACCGGUGCCCACGAGGCCGCGCUCCAACCCCUUCCGCCGGCGGAGAGGGGCGGCUGCUCCGCUCCCAGCCCAGAUCGUAGCAGCGGCGGCGCCGAAGCGGCCCGCGGAGUCGUCCACAUCGGCAUCCUCCUCCUUCCGCAGCGAGGUAAUCUCCACCACCUCCUCCACCGCCCUCGCCGCAGCCCAGCGCCCGGACAAGAGGCCUCGGCUUCAGGACGCGGACGAGGCGCGGCCCGCAGCCUCCGAGUGUUCAGAGGUCAUCGGCGGCGCAAGGGCGCGCGCCGCGGAGGUCGAGGUCUCCGAGUCAUCCUGCCUCGGCUCCGUCCUCGAGUCCGACCUUGCCUGCCCCGAGCAGCUCGCCGACGAUGCAGAGGCGACUGAGUACUCUUCGGCCCGCGAUGACCUGACGCAGUCAGACGCCGAAGAGGAGGUUCUCAGUGCUCCCAGCCCUUGCUCCGAGUACUCCCUGACCCCCCUGAUCGACUCCUCUUCCUCGUCUGACGACGACGAUGACGCCGCCCCCUCUCCCACCUUCUCCCUCUUCCUCGCCUUCGCCGAGCAAUUCGUCCCCUGCGCGCACACCAAAGCGCACGCCGUCGCCGACGUUCCGAUCCCAGAGGGGAAGCGGUUUGAGGACUUGGACGACGAAGAGACCUACGAGCGGUUCCGGCGCCGUGAGCGGCGGGGAGUGGUGGCGUGUGACUACACCGAAGUGUACAUCUGCAUGCCAGGCAGCUAUGGCCGUGCCGUCGUGGAGCAGCGUGCUGUCAUGGUGAACUGGAUCAUCGAGCAUGGGCAUGUUACCGAUCUGCAGCCAGAGACAGUGUUCUUGGGGAUUGGACUAAUGGAUCGCUUCUUGACGCGUGGAUACGUAAAGGGCACAAGGAAUAUGCAAUUGCUGGGCAUUGCCUGCAUCACCCUGGCCACCCGCAUUGAAGAGAACCAACCAUACAAUUGCAUCCUGCAAAAAUCUUUCAAGGUAGGGAUCAACACUUAUGGCCAAAGCGAGGUCGUUGCCAUGGAGUGGCUGGUUCAGGAGGUCCUCGACUUCCAAUGCUUUCUCACGACAGUCCACCAUUUCCUCUGGUUCUAUCUGAAAGCUGCGAAAGCGGAUGACAAAGUUGAGGAUAUGGCAAAGCACCUGGCCUUGAUCUCACUUCUGGACCAUAAGCACCUCUCCUACUGGCCCUCGACCGUCGCAGCAGCAGUGGUAGCCCUUGCUUGCCUUGCCACAGACAACGACUCGUCCUGCCAACUGGUAAUGGAGACUCACAUGAGGACGAAGAACGAUGAUCUGCCUGAAUGUUUAACGUAUCCUGCAGGUAUCUUCCAAGUUGGUAUCGUUACUUACAGCCGAAUUGAGGUUGGCGCUAUGGAUUGGCUUGUUCAGGAGGUCCUGUCUGAACAUAUUCAGGCUCCAAAAUCAGAUGACAAAGUCAAGGACCUGGCAAAAUACCUGGCCUUGCUCUCAAUUCUAUGCCAUAAAGCACCUCUCUUUCUGACCCUCACCCGUGGUAGCCCUUGCUUGCUAUGCCACAGAAAAAGAGCCCUCCUGCCAUUUGGUAAUAGAUCAAGGAACCACAAUUCCAGCCAAGUCACUACGGUUUGAUACAAUAGACCACAUACAAACCUACGUGAGAUUUUCCUAGUCAGUAGUCACACAAGUAAAAAACAAACGAGCCAACAUGUAGAUGGAUUUUAAGAUGUGCAUAGCAGUAUUUCGCGGCAUCUCACUAAAUCACAGAAAUGGACGUAGUAACAUUAAUCAGACGAUCUGUUUCCGAUUACGCUCAGGGCUCCAAUCCUGCAACCGUUGUGCACAUUUCCAGAUGCCAGCCGGGACGGACAAUCACACACAGUAAACUCCAGGUGUAAGGCUGCAAGGAAGCCGGGAGGAACUUACUGGCAAUGCUAAAUGGGAGGCAGAGGAAGCAUCCACUUGCUAAUAAAUGGGAGGCAGAAGAAGCAUCGACUCCGCCACCCCGCUUGUCUCGUGCUUACGAAGGUGCAAAAUUCCGUCACGUGUUACCUCACCUUGGUUACUUCCCAAGGUACGUUUUUAUAUUCCUCUGCAAGCAGCAAAAGGCAAGGGAAAAGUUGAUUGAGAUGGAGUGGACAGAUGGGUACAAGUGACAAGUUGGGCGCCAACUUGCGCCUAAAAUAGACAGGGGGCGGAGGGUGAGUCAUAGUUAUCUUGUCACAAUUAAUGUGUGCGUCAUUCUGAUUUUGUUAAUGCCGUUAGGAAAGGGAGAUGAGACUGACACUGGUCUAGUGUCGCUAAUAAUGAAGUGAUUUACUUGUGUGACUGGUA